GCACAAAAAGCAGGAAGCAGACAGAGCCCCGUGUGCGGUUAGCUCGGAGCUAAAGCUAAAAACACUUUGUUAAAAUGUCCAAAGGCCAAACGCUGAGAGCUUUGGUGAAUGAGCGGCUGACUGCGGCUGCUGAAGAGAUCUUUGCGCUGUUUGAAAGAACGAUAGCGGAGUAUGAGGAGGAACUGUGUCGCUCCAAAGAGGAGAACCAGAGGAACCAGGACACUCCACAGACUCCACGGAUUAAAGAGGAGCCAGAGGAGCAGAGCGUCAAACAGGAGGAAGACACGCUCCCAGCACAGCUCCCAGUGGGCAUCCCAGAGUUCAAUGUUGUCUGUGUGAAGACAGAAGAGUCCUCACUGCUUCAUCAUAGACUAACUGAACACAGAGAGGAAACACACGGAGAGGACAUCAGCAUAGAGGAAUGCUCCGUGUGGCCCUCAGUCUCUGAGUGUCAAUAUGGCUCUGACACUGACAAUGAUGAAAACUGGAGAGCUCCAUUCAGCUGUUCAGCUGCACAGAUGGAGACAGAGGCUGAUGGAGACCACUGCAACCAAGUCCAGAAAGGCCAAAUGCUGAGAGCUUUGGUGAAUGAGCGGCUGACUGCGGCUGCUGAAGAGAUCUUUGUGCUGUUUGAAAGAACGACAGCAGAGUAUGAGGAGGAACUGUGUCGCUCCAAAGAGGAGAACCAGAGGAACCAGGACACUCCACAGACUCCACGGAUUAAAGAGGAGCCAGAGGAGCAGAUCAUCAAACAGGAGGAAGACACGCUCCCAGCACAGCUUCCAGUGGCCGUCCAGUGGGAGUCCAGUGUGGUCUGUGUGAAGACAGAAGAUUCCUCACUGCUUCAACAUAAACAAACUGAGCAGGGAGAGGACAUCAGCACAGAGCCACAUUUACACUCAGAGACUGAGGGACACACGGAGCACUCCUCUGACACUGAUGAUGAUGAAGACUGGAGAGCUCCAUUCAGCUGUUCAUCUGCACAGAUGGAGACAGAGGCUGAUGGAGACCACUGCAACCAAGUCCAGAUCAGAGCCAGAAGCACUGUCACUUCAAACUCGGGUCUAUCCCCAGAGGCCAGUGCCACCUUGAACUAUGGAAACAUGUCAGGAACAGCCCAAGGAGCUGAGGGCAAGAAAUACGAAUGCCCCAUGUGUCAAAAGAGGUUUGGGACUAAGCAGACUUUACAAAGACACAUUAGAGUUCACACAGGAGAGAGACCAUUCAACUGUUUAGUUUGUAUGAAAACAUUUACAGAUAAGAGUCAUCUAGAUAGACAUAUAAAGAUACACACCGAUGAACGACCUUACAGUUGUUCAACAUGUGAGAAAACAUUUACCAUGAAGAGUCAUCUUGAUACACAUAUAACAAUACACACGGGAGAGAAACCUUACAGCUGUUCAAUCUGUGAGAAGACAUUUACCACGAAGAGUCAUCUAGACAGACAUAUAAAAAUACACACAGGAGAGAAACCUUACAGCUGUUCAAUCUGUGAGAAGACAUUUUUUGAUAAGAGUGCUCUUGUUCAUCAUCUGAGAACACACUCAGGCGAGAAACCUUACAGCUGUUCAACUUGUGAGAAAACAUUUACAGAAAAGAGUCAUCUAGAUGGACAUGUAAGGAUACACACAGGUGAACGACCGUUCAGCUGUUCAACAUGUCAGAAGACAUUUGCUAUAAAGGGCACGCUGGAGCAACACAAGAGAACACACACUGGUGAGAGACCAUACAGCUGUUUAACCUGUAAGAAAACAUUUACCCAAAAGUGUAGUCUAGAUGCACAUUUGAGAAUACACACUGGUGAAAGGCCUUACAGAUGUUCCAUUUGUGAUAAAGGGUUUAAACUUAAACAGCAUUUGAAUAAACACAUGAACACUCACAAAACAGAAAGUGACUGAAAGCUAAUUGGUUGUGUUCAUGAGAUGUUUUAAAGAGAGUUCUGUGUUGGAGUCUGCUGCUUCAUUUUGAAUGAAAAUUCUGUCACAAUAAAAAAUUAGUUUUUUUUGUUAUUUUUGCUUUGUUUUUAUCACAGUCAAAUUUGAGCACUAGUGAUGAGCUAAUGACUUUAUUUAAUCAUGAAAGGAGCACAAAUACACAUGUGUAUCUGCAUUAUUCUGUCUCCAGCUCCAAAGCUCAAAUUGGUCUGUUCCACCUUGUGAUGUCAUUUAUUGGUAGUUUUAAGGUCAUAUCCCUCGUGGUGUCCUUUGGGGGGUGCUCCGAGAGUAUGGGGUUCGGGGCCCUUUACUAAGGGCUGUCCGGUCCCUGUAUGACCGGAGCAGGAGCUGUGUUUGCAUUGCCGGCAGUAAGUCAGACCUGUUCCCAGUGCACGUUGGACUCCACCAGGGCUGCCCUUUGUCACCGGUUCUGUUCAUUGUAUUUAUGGACAGAAUUUCUAGUUAAACAUAGUAUCCAACAUGGCGCCCAGCGUGAUGAACGUGUAUGUUAGCUCCACUUCAAGGACCGCACCCACCCCCAGCAUGGACUAUUCCCACUCCUGCCUUCAGGCCAAAGGUGCAGAAGUGUGAAAUGCAGGACCACCAGACUCAAGAACUCUUCCUUUCCAACGGCCAUCAGACUUUUGAACACGCACACACACUCC